UGAUCUGAAUGUAUUUGAAUUUUUGCUGACACUUCAAUUUUUUAAGUUUGAAAUUUUAGGGCUUCCAAGUCAUUUUCGGAUUCGUCUCUCGGUGGUGUUUCAGAUCAGUUGCCUUGUGGUUCUGCUCUUCACAUUUUUAUUAAUAAUAAUAAUAAUUACUCGUACUCUGAUUUGCUUUAGUUGUGAAACAAUACUACAUAAUUCCUGUGUUGCUUGAUUGCCUGGGAAACAGUUGGAAAGAAAGAAAAAUGAGGAAGAAAACUGCGCAUUUGUUUGGAUUUUAAGUUCUAUUUUAUUUCGUAUGUUUUCUCGGUGAUCAAGUAGAACGCUAUAAGGUUUAUAUAUAUCUAUUGAUUUUGAGUUUUCAAAUCGAUUUUUGCUCAUUUUGUAUUAAUAUGUUGUGUCGGGAAAUCAAUGCCAUUUUCCCCUGCCUGUUAUGAGAUCUGUUGGUGCUGACUAUUUUGGUAUUUGAGAUUUGCAGCAAAAAUUUAACAAGAGAUAUCAAGCACACACUUGUUUAUCUACAUGUAUGUGUAAAAUCAUAUAUAUAUUUGGUUUGCUACAAUCUUUGCCUUCUCCAUUCAUGGUUCUUCUUCUUUUCUUCCGCAUUUACUGCAACUCUUGUUUUUGGGUGUCGAGUUUUUAAGUUUUUUGUUUUUUUAUUAUUAGUUUCUGGUUGAGUGUAUUUUUGGUUGAGUUGUUGAAUGAAAUGUGAGAGGCUUGGUUUUCUAUUUUGGAAAGAGAAUGUUAAAUGGUUGUGGUCUGCAAUAAAGACUGGGUUUUAAUGUGUACCCUCUUUACUUUGCGUGUGAAACUUGGUGCAUUAUAUGAAUUAUUUUCCGUAUAUGUAAUCUUUUAUUGUUGGUCAUCUUGCUGACAUGUGUUCCUCUUCUCCGUUUCUAGGUAUUUUCAGUACACAACGCAGUCUUGAAUAAUCUGUGAGGGGUAAAUGAGUGAAGGACAAGAGGAGAAGACAGUGUUUGUGUCUGUCAUUUGGUGAGAGACGGAGACAUAUCCUUGGACAAGUCUUUGGGCUUUGUUUGAAUAGCAGUUCCAGAUAGCAAACCCUUGUCAUCAUGCCUAUGAGGCAGAUGAAAGAGAGCUCAGAACAACACCUUGUGAUUAAACCCCAAUUGCAGAACACCAUGAAUCAAGCUCAGAAACCCCCUAAAACUGCUCAAAAUGGGAAAGGACCACCAACCCAAGAGCCCCAAAACACCAAAAUCUAUAACCAGACCUCACCUCCAUCGAAGAACAGAGGGAGGAGGAGGGGGAGAGGUGGCCGGAAGUCCGAUCAAGGCGAGGUUUUUAUGCGGCCGAGCUCGAGGCCAUGCACCGGGGUCCACAAGCCGGCCAGAGCCGGUGAAACAGACAUACCAAACGGGUCUAUUGUGAAUGGGGCCAAUUUGUGUGAAGUGGAGAUGGGUUUUCCUUCUUCAAGCAAGUCUUUGAGUUUUGCCCCUAGGCCUGGUUAUGGGCAGCUUGGGACAAAAUGUGUUGUCAAGGCUAACCAUUUCUUUGCAGAGUUACCAGACAAGGACUUGAACCAGUAUGAUGUUACUAUCACUCCUGAAGUGGCAUCAAGAAAUGUGAACAGAGCUAUCAUGGCAAAGCUGGUGAAACUAUACAAAGAAUCUGACUUGGGGAAGAGAUUGCCAUCAAGAAAUCUCUCUCUUUCUCUCUCUCUCUCUCUCUAAUGAAAGUGAAUUUUGAGUCAAACUAUAAGGGUGAAAAGUGUAACUGACCCAUAUUUAUUUUUUUGUUCUAUAUUUUGGGUUAGAAAUUUUUCUGUUCUAUAUGUUGUUGACUAGUUUUUUUUAUAAUACUACUUAAGUACCCCAGUAAUAAAAUAAAGUCAGUAGUAUUGACAUUCUUUUCUUCAAAUCGCAAUUGACACAGUUCAAUUUUUAUUUAAUUAGUGAUGAACCCUAAAUUUGGUCAAUGCUUAUAAAUUGUUUUAUUGUUUCGUGCAUGAUUGCUAACUGAUAUUUUGUAAGAGGAGUUGAAGGUUUGUUUCCUGGUGAAGGUCAAAGGGGAGCUGUUGGUGACUAUAACAAUCUUAAAUACCCAAAACUUGGAGAUAUGCUAGAUUAUAUUCUUAAACAACAGCCAGCAUUACUAGAGGCCACAGAAAUGAGGGAGGCAAAGCUUCUU